GCGACAAUGCGCGAGCGUUACGCUGCUUUGUAUUUGACUCUGGGUUUUGUUUCUCUCUGCACAGCUGUUGGUGAAGCGUCCAAAGGACCGUUUGACUGCAACACAAUGUAUUCAUAUUUCCCAAAUUGUAACUUCACUGAAGUCAUAGGAGUCGGUGAUUUUACAUGUGUUAUAAAAAUAAAUUAUCCUUAUUACAUCUGCGAGUGGAAACCUGAAAGAGAUGUCUUAACUUCCUACAAAAUCUGCAUUAAACAGAGGUACUGCAGAUGUGCAGAUGUACAUCCGAAAAAUAGGAUUUCAGACCCAAAUAACUUUCGUUUAAUAAACACAACUACUAUGUCAGCUUUUUUAUUUGGAAGUGAAGACCAGAGGAACUGUACAUAUAGACGCUUCAGUGGUGUCCUAUCACAGAUGACACUUUGUGGUCCUCCAUCAAAAGUAACUUUCAAAAGAAGCUCUGGCCAAAUGUCUGUGCAGGUCGACUGGGCAGAUGACAGCAAGUAUAUAAAGCAGUUCUUAAUAAAGUACAGAGAGUUCAACUCAACAUUUUGGAGAGAGCAAUUGUCUAUAAAUAACAGAGAAUGUAGUAUAUGGAAUUUGACAUCUUCUCUGUCCUAUGAGAUGCAAGUACAGUGUAUUCCCAAUAAAGAGUGUUCCCAGUGUCCUUUUGGUGAGCUCAUCAGACUCCCAUGCGAAAUUACAGAAGCACCAUCCGUCCAGCAUGAGAUUCAAGACCUUGUACAAAAUCCUCUCAUAUCAGCAGGACAGAGAAAAGUAAUUUUGGAGUGGAAGCAUGCAAACAGUGAGGCUGUAACUUACUACAACGUGACAGUGAUAAAAUUAACAGGAGAGUGCAGCAACUUUACAACCAAUGAUUCAUCCCUCACCCUGUUCCUAUCUUAUUCUGCCUACAACGUCAGUGUCAGAGGUCUCAACAGCGCUGGAUCGUCCCCUGCUGCAACUAUAAUUAUAGAGAACAUGGAUGUUUCGACAGAUUGGUUUAGGCCAUUCAAUGUCAGUAUAACCAGUAACAACAGUUUCAGUCUGUGGUGGAGCAGCUCUAUUUCAACAGUGUGUUUCUCUGUGGAGUGGUGGGAAAGAGGAAAUAUACCAGCUUUCAGACCUUUUUAUGCAGACACACAGAAGACACACAAAGAGAUUACGAAGAUAACUGAGAGCAUUUUUCAGCCCUAUACGAGAUACAACUUCAUUCUGCACACCAGACAAUACAAUGAUACCUGUAACAUGAAGAAUGUCAAUGACAGUGAACUGACCUAUGGAACAUCGCAAGCGUACCUCACUGAAGGAAGUCCUAUCAGUGCUCCUGGAAAUGUGAGCAUUCUGAACAUUACCCAGCAUACCUCAGUGAUCACGUGGAGCCCUGUGUCUGAGGAGGACUUGCGUGGAUUUUUGCUAGGCUACAUAAUCUACUACACAGAGGACAACACUGAAGCAUCCUACAAAGUGGAUCCCAGUCUGAACAGCUAUGAGCUGCAGAAUCUGAAAAGCAACAGUGCAUACCGUGUACAACUGUCUGCAUUUACUGCGGCUGGUGAAGGCGAACGCAGCGAUCCCAAACCAUUUGUUACAAACCCACUGGAAUUCACAGGCUUGAGCAGCAUUAUAGCCGCAGUCAUCGUGGGAAUAAUCAUCUUUUUACUAGCUUUUCACAUCAGCUGUCGAUUUAUGCAAAGAGCCAAGAAGCUAAUUUGGCCGAGUAUACCAAACCCUGGGAACAGCAAUGCAGUUCAGAAAAUCGAAAUUGGCCACGAAUUGGAUAUCCUUGAGCCUCUCAACAGACAGAAGUUGGAGGAAAGUGAGGCGUGUGACUCGAGCACAGUGUGUGUUGUAGAGAGCAGGAAGGAGGCAUCUCCUCUCAUCACCUCUCUGACACCUGAAGCCUGUGUUAAACCCACCGUCUUCCUCAGUGAAAAUGAAUGCAGCACAUCCACGUUGGAGGAGACAACAGACAGCUCAACAUCCUUACCCAAUGAGGAAUCUGCUGAAACUGAAAACUCUGCUUUGAGUGCUUUAGUGGACAAUGAAAACAAAGACUCUGAAGAUCUUUUUAAAUCUCAAACUGACUUCAGUGUAACAGCUCCUGUCAAGCCUGCUGUGGUUUUCAUGAGCGAUUACACCACCAUGGAGUUUUUCCAGCAGGUUGCUAUGACUGGGAUUCAUGGUCCAUCCAUGUUAACAGGGAAACCAGGACUUGUUUCCGUACAUCCAGGACAGGAUUACGUUCGUCAGACGUGUUUUGGUGGAAAUGAACAGCCUAGUGUCUCCUCAGAAGCUAGUAAUGGUACAGAUGUCUUACACAUAGAGGUCACUGUUCUGUGAAUCUGAGUUAGUAAGAUCUCUACUGGGGGCUAUAACAUUUGAUUGAUUCCUUUACUUUCUGGCAUUUGAAUGUCAGUUAGAAGAAAUUUGUGUCUGUUGACGGGAGAAUGGUCAUUUGGACCAGAAGAUCACAUUCAAAAAUGGUUUUAUGUUUCCUGUAAACCAUGAUAAUCUAUACACGUGUAAACAAACUCCAGCACAUGUUGGAUUUGCCAGCCAGGAAAGACAGGAUUUAGUGAAUUUUUGAGUUGCAGGCAAUUUUUGAAGUGUUGAAGAAGAAGUGAUGAAAGACACAUCUGCACUGGGCCACACAUCACAUUUAUUCUGUUAAAAAUAAUGUAUGCCUGUCCUCCAUCUUGGGUAUCUUGUGUUCCUGUAGCUCCAACGAUAUAGCAUUGGCUGUGUCCAAAAUCAAAUACUGUGACAGUACUGAAUCAGAUUUAGUAGGCUACCUAUCUAUCGAACGUUAAAACAAGACAUUCUAUAGUAUAUAGGGGUGCAGAUUGAAUACAUUUCGGACAUGUCACGUGAGCCAUAUACUCUUGGAGUUAUGACAUAACUGGAAAUAAUGUAAUUUGGUGUUUCGGUAAGCAUGACGCUAACAACGCUCAGGUCGUGGGUUCGAUCCCAGGGGACUGCACAUACUUAAAAAACAAAUGUAUAGGAUAAUGCAAUGUAAGUCGCUUUGGAUAAAGCGUCUGCCAAAUGCGUAAAUGUAAUAUGUAAUGUGUAUUUAUACAGCACAAUUUAACCACAAGAAAUAUACUGAUCUAUAACACUUAAAGAGUCAUCCUAACAGUUUUCCACUAUUGUUAAUUUACCAGGGGUUAAAGACCAGGGGUUUUCAAACUUUAUGAUGCCAAGGAUCCCCCAAAAAGAUGAACCUAUUGCGAGGGACCCCCUUUCUGAAUAUGCUUCUUUAAUUUUAUGUAUAAAGAAACAUUUGAACUUCAUCAGAUAAAUUGUAAAUAUGAUAUUAUAAAGAAAACAUGUUGUUUCUAAAUUAAAACAAUUUGCUACAUUUGUUGGAUGGAUUCAAAUUCAAUUUAAAAGUACUGUAUAUGUACUUCAGCAACUUUCACUUUUAGUGCGAAAAAAGGAACUAUGGGGAGAAUAACUCACUAAAGAUACAAAUCUUAAAACUAUGCAUGAAGCAAGAAAGAGAUCAACACUUCAUUAGUAAUGAAACUAUAAUAACGUUAAGAAGACUUAUACUAUUUUUGCUUUAGCCCUUUUUCAUAGAAAUUUUCUGGGGCCCCUUGAAACCCUCUGGAGGCCCCCCAGUUUGAAAACCCCUGGUAAAGAUCAUCUGUGUAUUUCGUUCUGACUGUUUUUGCAUAUUGAGGUUUUGUACGUACUAUUCAUGACCCAUGCUAAUUUUCGCCUGCUAUAGGAUUAAAGCGAUUUAGAUGCAGCCAUUGUGUUGGCAGCGCAAAGGUCAUGGGUAUCAUUCCUAGCCUAAAUGUCUGUCUGUAGGCGCCUGGGGUUAGUGCCUAGUUAGGACCACUUUGACAAUAGUUUGUGGCUCUUUCACAGCCCACAACUUCCUUCCCAUGUGGCACAAUAACUGUUGUAAUUUUAAAAUGCAUGUCAGUUAUAUCAAAACUGAUAUCCAGACCCUAGCGUCGCUAAUAGGCUGACUGCUGUUCUGCAAUCAGCCAUAUCUUCAAUGUAUUGUAUUUCUUUUGCGUUUUUCUCGUAAACUAUUUUAUUUUGUCUUAAUCACCAAACAACUUGCGAUGCAUGGGUUUAAGGACUUAUACGUGAAAUCGAGAGAGAGAAGCAUUUUAU